AUGAUACCUAUAAUUAGGGAAGAAAUUAACCCAAAACAAGCUUUAUUACAUCCAAACUCUUUAGCAACUCUUCAGUUUCUCUCUAAAAUUCAUAAUACCACUAAUCAUUAUAACUUUUUAUGCGUUUCCUUGAAUAAUUCUUCUCAAAAAUUAUAUCUAUCUUGUGUUUUAAAUGAUGAAUUGGAAGAAAAUGUCAUUGCUUUACCAAGGUGGCUAUCGUUAACUUUCAAAAAAGUGCUCAAUAGUGGCGAAUCUUUGGAGAACGUAAAUGUUCAUCCUAUAGAUAUAUCAAAAGAUUUAACCAUUGUAAAGAAGAUUUUUUUGAUAAAAAUAUAUGGUGAUGUUUGGAUACCUUCCAGUAAAUCAUUAUAUUCUUCGUAUAUUCAAUCAUCCCAAAGAGCAAAAUCAUAUAAUCCGGAUUGGCAUGAAUUAAUUCUAAGCCAUUUUGACGGACAAGUGGUAUCCAAGAAUUCGUUAUUAUCUGAUGUUAUUAUGGAUCACAUUUGUGUAUUUCGCGUAGUGAGUUUGCAAUUAUCCUAUAAUGACGAUUCUGCACUUAACGUGCAGGAUUCAUCAUUAAUCGCUAAGAUUGAUCAACAUGAAACAAAAGUUGAUAUUACAUCAUCAUUCGUUCCACGUCAAUUAACACCGAUUGUAGGAUUUACUGAUGAAUCUGAUUCUCUUUAUCAAAUUAUAAGUGACUCAUUUUUGAACACUGAAAUUCAUACAAGACUCGGAAUACCAGAAACAAAAACAUUAUUAAUCAUAGGUUCACACGGAAGUGGUAGAAAAUCAUUAAUACAACAUGUUUGUAAUAAAUUAUCAGCGACAUUAUUCAUGAUAUCAUUAACAACAAUGAUAAUAAAGCAUGAUAUGUUCGAAAAUAUCGAUGAAUAUGAGGAGAAUCCGUUGAGAAUUAUGUUUACAAAGGCUAUGUUAUCUAUACCAUCUGUCAUCGUUAUAAAAGAUCUUGAUGCUCUUGCUGUUAAUGAGCAAGGUUAUUCUAUAGGUGAAUGGAGAACUAAAGUUAUUAAUAUGUUGGUGAGAGAAAUUCGAGAUAUUCACAAGGCUGAACAGGUGUUUGUGAUUGGUCUUACAUGCGAUAAAACCAAAUUACCAAGAGAAUUAUGUAAAAUUGAAAUAUUUCAACAAGAUUUUGUCUUAUCAAUACCGUCAAGAAAACAACGCGAAUUAAUAUUAAGUUUCUAUUUGUCGAAAUUAAAAUUAUCUUAUUCAUGUAAUCAAAUGAUAAAUAAUUAUAUUACAAAACUUGGCCUGAUGACUUCAGGAUAUGUACCAAGAGAUUUAAAGGAAUUAUGUAGAUUGGCGGUGCUAAGAUCGCUUAAUAAUGUAAAUAAGAAUGCCAGUGAUGUGGAUCUCGUUGAAGAUCUAGCAAGGCUUACGAUUAACGAGAGCGUAUCAAGCAAUGAUGGAGGUAAAGGUGAUCACGCCAGUUUAUCUGUAAUAAUUUCAUGGAAUGAUUUUGAAUAUGCUAUGUCUAUCAUAUUUCCAUCACAAAAAAUUGAAUUUGAAUCAAUUUUACCACAACGAAGAUGGGAUGAUAUUGGCGGGUAUGAAGGUAUAAAAAAGAAAAUAAAACAAAUUGUAGAAUGGCCAAUUAUUAAACAUGACGCUUAUAAAAGGUUAGGUGUUGAGCCGCCAUCAGGAAUACUACUUUAUGGAUGUGGAAAAACUAUAAUGGUACAAGCAUUAGCUACAGAAUCCUAUAUGAAUGUUAUUUGUAUUAAUGGUCCAAAGAUUUACUCAAAAUAUUUAGGAGAAACCGAAAAUGCCAUAAGAAAUUUAUUUAAAAGAGCAAGGCAAAUUAUACCCUGCAUUGUAUUUAUUGAUGAAUUAGAUUCUAUAGCAUCAAGACGAGAAUUUAGUAGUGACGGUACAAACAGAAUUAAUGAAAGAGUAUUGAGUACAUUAUUAAACGAAAUGGAUGGACGAUUCGACCAAUUAAUUUAUAUCGGAUUACCUAAUGAAUUCGAAAGAUUUGAUAUACUUCAAGUUAUAUCAAAAAAAGUUUCAUUUGGUGAUAAUGUGAACUUAAAUGAACUUUCAAAAAAUACUAAAAUGUAUAGUGGAGCUGAUUUAGAAAUUUUAAUAAGAGAAUCCGGGUUAUGUUCUUUAAGGGAGGAUAUUUUAAGCACAAAAAUAAAUAAUAAGCACAUUGAAUCAACAUUAAAAAAGAUGAAUGAAACCAAAACUUUAGAUGAUAAUCAAUUAAUAAUUUACGAAAAUUUUUGUAAAAGUAAAUAA